GAAGAAGAAGAAGAAGAAGAAAACGAUCGUGCUCCGGUGAAGUGUCGGCAGAAGCAAAGACCAGAUACGAGAAAGUAGUCGAGAGUGGACGGCCGAGGAGAUCGGGUGCUCGAUAAAGAAUUUCACCUUCGAGAUCGAGAAAAAAGGAUCCUCGAGUACCUUUCAAGAGGAGAGGGCACGUGUGAUCCGAGACGCGUUACCGGUAUACCCGACACGUCACGCGCAAAAGUCGUCCAAUUUUUACGCCGUAGGUCAGGAAUCUGGUGGCGCGAGAGAUACGAUCGGCGUCGAUUUUCGUUCUUCUUCGUCCCUUUCAGUCGAGAACGUCUCGAGAUCCGGUCUUUUCCGAUAUCCAGCUGAACCACAGGAGGCAGACAACAAGGGGAAAAACAAUCGGCACUUGUCGAAGCUGCACGCCGAGGGGCGGAGGGGAUGGAGAUGCGCCUCGUUCUCGUGACGAUCUGCCUCCUUCUCGUUACCCCCAUCGCCGGCUCGUUCUGGACCGUUGGAAAUCAGGUGGUGAUGGAUCCGAUGCUCAUCUGCAAGAAGACUAGAAGACUGAAGGGCAAGAUGGCGGACAUCUGUCGCAAGGAACCCUCGUUGCUGAAGGAGAUCGCGAAAGGCGUCCAAGUCGGAACCAAAGAGUGUCAGUACCAGUUUCGAAAUCGCAGAUGGAACUGCACCACCAUGAGAAGAUCGCUGCGAAAAAUUUUGCUACGUGAUACCAGGGAGACGGGCUUCGUGAACGCCAUCACCGCGGCCGGAGUGACUUACGCGGUCACGAGAGCUUGCACCAUGGGACAUCUUGUCGAGUGCUCGUGCGACAAGAUGACGUCGAAAGAUAAUCGGCUGGACAAGCUGACCCGUACCGUCGAGAUGGAGAAGAGCCUGCCGACCGAGGGUGACUGGGAGUGGGGCGGUUGCGGCGACAACGUGAAGUUCGGAUUCAAGAAGUCGCGGGACUUCAUGGACGCCCCUUAUCGCAAGCGCAGCGACAUCAAGACGUUGGUGAAGCUGCACAACAACAACGCCGGUCGUCUGGCCAUCAGGGACUUUAUGAGCACGGAGUGCAAGUGCCACGGGCUCUCGGGUUCGUGCACGGUCCGUACUUGCUGGCGGAAAAUGCCGGCGUUCCGCGACGUCGGGAACAGGCUGAAAGAGUCGUUCGACGGCGCGGCGAAGGUGAUACCGAGCAACGACGGGCACAGCUUCAUCACGGAGGGGCCGACCAUCAAGCCACCGGACAGAUUCGAUCUGAUUUACAGCGAGGACUCGCCGGACUUCUGCAAGCCGAACAGAAAAACGGGCUCGCUGGGCACGCAGGGACGACGUUGCAACUCCACCAGCCAGGGAGUCGACGGAUGCGAGCUGCUCUGCUGCGGCAGAGGCUACGACACCAGGGUCGUCAAGGAGAAGAUCAGCUGCGAAUGUAGGUUCCGAUGGUGCUGCGAGGUCACUUGCAACACCUGCCUGGUUAAGAAAACGGUCAACACUUGUCGCUAACGCGAGCCGGCUGCCCGCCGAUCGUAUUUCGAAUAGACGUUUGUAAUAUACGUUUGUCGCGCCGUCGGAUUGUUCGUGUGCGAGGGUCCAGUCACGAAGAAUUAGUCGUAAAUAUGUCUUUCGAAGCUUUCCAGGUAUCUCCCUAGCUGUUCGUUCCGAGCGUUCUCGCGUUUCGAGCUGGCUCGCUCGCUCGCGUCGCUUCAUUCGCUUACGUCCGCCAC